AUGUCCACGGCAGAAAAUCCCUACCCGACCUACGAGGCCGCCUGGGCCACGGUGGGCGUCACACCCAAUGGCGCCGCCAAGCUGCUCUUCAUGCCGGUGCAGGGCACCGUGCAGAGCGCCAUCGAGGUGCUCUCCAGCCCGGGGGACCCAGACACGCGGACGCCCUACUACAACCAGGCAGCCGGGACGUAUCACCCCAUCAGCGCGCUGCCCAUCUCGGGGCCCAAGGUAUCAUCCAUCACCGUGCACGUGUGGGAGCUAGAUGACUGGGAGGAGGCCUGGCUCGAACUGCACGAGCACCACUCGGAGCCAGACGCGCCGCCGGGCGCAUACCCCGGGGCGACAUGGGGGAAGCUGAGCGGCAGCAGUGGCGGCGAGGAGGGGGAGGACGGCGAGGACGACGAGCCGGAGCUGCUGCGCUGCUGCGGGCAGGCCCGGCCGCUCGGCAAGGACGCCGAGCUGACGAUCAAGCCCUCCAAGGGGUGGGACGGCCAGGGCGGCGGCUUCGUCACCGUGCACGACUACGUGAGCGCGGUGCACCCGUGGCUGGUGGGGCUGCGGGGCGACAUUCUGGGCGCGAUGGGCACGGCGGACGGGCUGGACGAGCCGCUCAGGGACGAGAUGGACCUGGUGGUCAGCUGCGGCGCGCUGCACAGCCUAAGAAUCAAACCGCGGACGUCUUGGAUCGGACACAGGAAGGGGCUGCCCGUCUACGAGGUGGUUGGGGACAGGCUUCGCACAAGUGAGAUCAUCACGUCUGAGUAG